AGUUUACAAUGGCAAUGCUCUGGAAAUUCAUGAGAGUAGCGAAAUAUUCCAAAACAGCUUUAUCACCAAAAGUAAGGGUAAGAGGGAUCCCCACCCAUUCAAGACAUUCUUCAUCCAAGUCUGUACCUUCAGAUUUUGCUGCCAACACACCCUGCUCAAAUACUGUGGAACUGUUUGGUAAAGCUUAUCCUCAGGAUGACUACAGCAACGUCACGGAGAAGAUUCUUUCCAAGGUGGGGAAGAACUUGCACAACAAAAAGCAUCACCCUCUGUGGCUAAUCAAGGAGCAGGUGAAGGACCACUUUUACAAACAGUAUACAGGACGCCGGGGGACUCCACUCUUCUCCGUUUAUGACGGUCUUUCUCCAGUGGUUACAGUACAACAGAAUUUUGAUAGUUUGCUUAUCCCUCAAAACCAUGCCAGCAGAAGGAAAGAGGAUAACUAUUACUUGAACCGUGAUCACAUGCUAAGAGCACAUACAUCAGCUCAUCAGUGGGACUUGAUAAACUCUGGCCUAGACGCCUUUCUGGCAGUGGGAGAUGUCUACCGCCGUGACACAAUCGAUAACACCCACUUCCCAGUCUUCCAUCAGAUGGAAGGAGUUCGGCUCUUCUCCUGUCACGAGUUGUUCUCCAGCAUUAAAGAUGGCGAAGGCUUACAGUUGUUUGAGCAAGGUCACCGCACCACGCACAAGCAGGAGUGUCACACCAUGGAGGCUGUGAGGCUGGUGGAGUUCAACCUGAAGCAAGUGCUCACGAAGCUCAUGACUCACAUCUUUGGUGAUGGACUGCAAGUCAGAUGGGUAGACUGCUACUUCCCGUUUACUCACCCUUCCUUUGAGAUGGAGAUCAACUUUCAAGGAGAAUGGAUGGAGGUCCUGGGCUGCGGGGUCAUGGAGCAGCAGCUAGUGAAUUCAG